AUGAGUUCCACCGCUGGAUCCGGAGUGUCCGGAGCAGGUGGAGCUACCGCAGGUGGAAGCACUGCGGGCGGCGCUGACAGUAUGUCAGGAAUCACCACUCUUCCAUCAUCUGCAGGACGCAGUGGUGGCAGGAGUGGCAGAGGAGGUAGAGGUGGAUGCUUUGGUGGCAGAAGACAGCCAUCCCAUGCACCGUCUACAAAGAAGUUCACGGGGAAGUCCGCAGCUCUUGAAGGGCACGUCUAUGACCUCACCACACCAACCGCUACAGCAGCAGCGUUUUAUGAUACAAUCAUGGAGAUUGCAGAGCUCGUUGGAAGGACCUACGGAAAGGGCAACCACACGAAGUUAGAGAUUGAAACACUCACCGCACAAAACGUGACUAGGCCAACCCUACCCAUGCAACCAGAUGGGACAACACCAUCAACUGACGCCGUCGACCUGGCUAUCUUCAAACAGGAAGUGGCCAGCUACGUCAAAGGAACUGACAAGAUAAAGGAGAACAGGCAGAAUGCUUUCUCACUGAUCUGGGGGCAAUGCAGUGAUACACUACGAGCCAAAGUGGAGGCAAGUGUUGACCUAGCGGCACUCAACCAGGCAGCCAAUGUGAUUGGAUUGCUACAGGCGAUCAGAAGUGUGAUGCUACAGUUCCAGACCCGAAAAUACCAACCUCUAGCCAUCCUAGAGAGCAAGAGGAGAGCCAUGACAUUCCGACAAGGGGACAAGUCAGCAGAGGAGUACUACAGACUAUUCAAACAGAAGGUGGAGGCCACCGAACACAAUGGAGGAUCCUUCGGAUACGAAACGAGCCUCCUCCAGGCAGCUUUGCCCACAGGAACGACCAUGGAACAAGCAACAAUCGACGAGGUCAACGCGGCAAUGAAGAUCGUCCGCGAAUGGACUCUGGCCACAAUGUUCCUGUCGAAUUCUGACCAAGGAAGGUAUUCUGACCUCCUCAUAGACCUCGAGAACGAAUUCACUCGAGGAGACGACAAUUACCCAAAGACCCUUGCUGACGCAUAUGCGAGACUUGAUGGAUACCACUGCAAGAGCAGAUCCAGGCCCAACAACAUGGGUGGAACAAUGACCGGCGAAGUCUCAUUCGCCACAGAUGGCGAAGAAGUCGUGCCAGGAACAAAUGGCCGCACCGUUGAUCAACGCGAAGCGCAGGAUCCCAAGGCACUGGAUCCUACUCGACAACUGCAGCACGGUCAACAUCUUCUGCAACAGGAAGCUGCUCAAGAAUAUCCGCAGGAGCAACAACAGCAUGAGGGUUCAAUGCAACGCUGGGCUAGCGACAACAAACCUGAUCGGAGACCUUCCAGGAUACCCGGAGCCAGUUUGGUUCUUUGA